AUGUAUACAAAUAAUGAUAUUGAUACAUUUCUUAAAAAAAUAAUCGAUAGCCAAAAUCAAACAUCAGAAAAUGCUAACGAAACAGAAACAUCGAUUGUUCAAGUGAGAUCAGAAAUCGAUAAAAAUAUAUUAAAAGAUUUAAUUAAUCAAAAACUCGACUAUCGACAUAAAGUUAUUCGACUUUUAGCUGAAAUUUGUAAAGAUGAAUCUCAACGGCAUGAAUGCGUAAAAUUAGAUUUUAUAUCUUCUUUAAAAGAUCCUUUACAAUCUGGUACUACUCAAGAAAAAAUUGAAUCAUGUCGUGCAAUAGGAAACAUGUGUUAUGAAAAUGCCAAUGGUUGUGAUUUAGUAUUUAAUAUAAUUGGUAUAAAUACUUUAUUUGAUGUAUGUCGAUAUUCAUGUGAAAUACAUGAAAACGAAAGUGGACAAUUACGAAUGAUGACAUUAGGUGCAUUACAUAAUAUUAUUAAUUCAAAUGGUAAAAUAUAA